GCUGCUGACUUGUCACAGUUUGAUCGAGCAGAAGAGGAAGCAGACGUGGUUCCUCUCUCCUCUCACAGAGAUGGUUGGUGGUCGCCUCCACCGCUUGACCUGCUUCUUGGCCUCUCACGCCGAGCUGCUGCUUCCCCUGCUGCUCCUUUGGUUUUGCCUCCACGAUGUGGAGGCGUCUGAGUGUCCUAGUGUCGUCCAUAAACGAGUGGGAGACACCGUGGUGUUUUCAUCAUGUUUACCAUCUGAAGGCGUCACCAGUGCUAUUUGGAUUUAUAAAGAUCAGGUUGUUGAAGAUUUGGAAGAAAGUAAAAAAAGACCUCAAUUCAAAGGCAGAACGAGUCUAAACCGCACAAACUUGAAUCUAACAGUGAGACGUCUGACUCUUCAAGAUUCUGGUGUUUACCGUUUUCAAUCUGAUGUAAACGAAGUACAAAGGAAAACAGUCACCAUCACUCUGCACGUUCAUGCACUCCUAACUCCGCCCAUCCUGACUGUCAUCUCCAACUCGAGUGCCUCAAACGAAUCCUGUACUGUUGUGCUGGAUUGCAAUUCCACGUCUGACAGCAACGUCACCUACAACUGGACGGUAAAGAGCCAGACCUACAACGGCUCCAGGCUGCAGUACACCAUCAGGCCACGGGAGGGAGGGGCCACAUUCACCUGCACCAUUUUGAAUAGUUUUGGCGAACAAUCUUUCACGGAAAAAGCAGUGAAGUGUGACAACAACACAGAUGAGUCCUCGAAAGGAGCAGAUAACUUUCCUAAGUUGUGGAUCGUGGUGGCAGCAGGAGCUUGUUUGCUGCUGAUCAUCAUCGUCGUAACGGUUAUCUGCGUCUGCGUCUGCAAGCGGAGACAAACUGAAGAAAUUCCUCAAACAGGAAUCGAAACGGAGUACGCCGAUAUCUCUGAUUAUGUAGUGGAUAAUAAACCCGCUCACGUACCAUCGGUGUAUGACUUCGUAAGAGACCACGGACCCAACCCGGUCACACUAAUGCCCCAUUCAGUGUACGACAAGAUCCAGCUCAAUCGCGUGAGGACGCCCCCGGAAUCGGCCUACCAAGACAUUUAAGUGACCUCUGUGCAAAAACUUUUUGCAAGAUUUGCACGAAUCCCGCUGCCUCGCCAAGAUGCAACAUUUUCCGAAGUUUGACAAAAGCCCAGAGCCCACAGCAGACCCGGAAAACAUCACGUUCUUGUGUCAUGUGUAUUUAAUUUUUAACUAUAUAUAUUCUCAGAAUCAGACAGUGUUGUGAAUCUGCAAAUAUACAAAGUCAGCCACGUUAAACCAGGUUCACUCUCGUAAACUGUAUUUUCGUAUAUAUAUAUAUAUGUAUAUACAUACAUAUGUGUGUGUAUUUUCUUGUGUUUUGUGCAAUGUUUAUAAAAAGUAUAGAUGGUA